AUGCACCCUUGGGACCGCGCGCAAAUCGCGCAUUGGCUCGUGGAGACGUGCUGCGUGAGCGUAGAGGACGCGUCGGCCUACGCCGACGCUCUCGUCUCCGCCGGCUUCGACUCGCCGCUCGCGCUGAGCGUGGCGCAUGGCGCCGACUGGCCAGCAGUCGUCCGGCUCGGCCACCAGCGCGUUAUCCAGCACAUGGCCGGCCAGCAUCUGCCGACUCCGCUGCCACCUCCACCUUCGCCACCGCCUUCGCCGCCGAUGCCCAAGCUUCCGCUCACUACCGGCAUCGUUGCCGCCGUUGGCGAGAAGGCGACAGAAGGAGCUUGGGAUCUCGGCCGCCGCUUCCGACCGCGGCAGAAGCUGUCUGCGCCCGCCUACACCGCCGCCGGCCUGUGCCGUGUGGUGCGUGUGCGAGCCGUGGUUGAGCGGCUGCUGAACAUAGACUUGAAGGGCAUGACCUUCACCGCCAAUCUCAAGUACGAGGCGAGCUGGACGGACGGCGACAUCCUGCCGAUGCUGCGAAAGCUGCAGCCCGAGGACGACCCGCUGCAUAAGACGCGUGCGAGCGGGGAGUCGGAGGCGGACAGGGCGGAGAGGCAGCAGCGGCAGGAGAAGCGGCUGAACGACCUGCUCGACGACAAAAAGUCUGGGCAGAAGGACCUAUACUUCACCGGCCUGGACGGGGAGAGGUUCUUCGCGCCGCGCCUCUACUUUCGCAACCUCGCCGAGUCCGGCGAGACCGAGACUUGGCUCAAGAUCUACCUCGACCCGUCCUGCGACGACUCGGUGGUGGUCUGCCUCUCGAGCAAGUGCACCGGCACCUUCCAGGAGCAGUUCGAGCUCGAGCACUUUCCCUUCGACGAGCAGGACCUCACGAUGGAGAUGGCGUCGGAGCACGCUCGAGAGGACGGCUCCGGCUUUUCCGUCCAGCUGGAGCGCAACGACAACGACAUGUACCGCUCCUUUGUCAUCACGCGCGGGUUCCUCCAGUCGAGCUCGUACACCCUGAAAGAGCGGCUGCGCUUCACGCGCGAUACCACUCUGCCCAGCGAGUCCAACUCGGGCAAGACGUACCCGCUGCUGCAGAUCGGGAUGCGCGUACGGCGGCACUCGUUCUUCUGGAUCUUCUCGGUGGUGGUGCCCCUCUUUUUCCUCACCACGGCACUCGCCACCUCCUUCGUCGUGAACGAGGACGAGUUUGCUGACCGCGCCUCCAUCACCCUCACCGCGCUCUUAGCGAUCGUCGCCUUUCAGCCGGUCAUCGCCGACCGGCUGCCCGACGACUGCAACACGAUGACCCUCGUGGACCUCUACGUGUUCAUCUGCUUCGCCUUCGCCUUCAUCCUCAUCAUGGUGCAGUCGGUCAAUGCCAUGUACGUCAACUCGUCGGACACAGACCUUCUCGAGCCAACCUAUGCCGAGGAGAUCGGCGGUAAGCCGUACCGCAUCUCGUCGCCGUUCGUGGUGACCAUCUGCGUGUGGGUCGGCUUCCACCUCUUCAUCGGGCUCUACGUCUACAUGAUUAUCAAGUGGAGGCGAUCUCGCUCCAGGUUUUGGAAGUCGCAGAACAACGUGCUCUGGCUGGGCCCGCUCAACGCGGACCUGAUCGGGCCGCGGGGCGAGAGGACGAGUUCGGACAAGGACGAGAGGAAGAAGAAGGUCGAGCAAAUCAUCUGCAGCAGGCUGCGCGAGCUGCCCGCCCUCCGGGCGCAAGGACACCACGUCAAGGGCGCCAGCCUCUGGAACAUCGAGGACGCGCAGGAGCAGCUGCGGCAGGAGCACGACAAGAACGAGCGGCUGCACUUGCGGCUGUUGGACUGCCUGCUCCGAUUGGACGGCACUUUGGCCCGACUGCUGAGUCCGACGGCGCCAAAGCCGUCGAGCACGUGCGCCCUCGUCGUGAUGGAUACAGCCCGCGGCGCGGAGGCGCUCCUCGACCUUGUCAAGGAGGAGCCGGAGCGGUGGAGCGCCUUUGUGGAGGAGGUCGAGAUGGAGGUGGCCCUGGCGACGGCGCCGGACGAGCGCGCCAAGGCGCUGCUGACUGAGCUCUUCGCCUCGCACGACCAUGAUUGGACCAUCCCCGACAAGGUGAAGGAGACGCUGGAGAAGCUCCGCGUCUCGCGCAGCGUCGCACCGCGACUGGAGCGGCUCAAGAGUCUUGAAGUGAGCGAGGAGCAGCCGCCGUCCGGCACAGAGAGCCGCCCUCCAUUGGUCAAGAGGGCGAGCGAUGGGUCCCUGCUCUCUCUGUCCUCCCGCCACUUCAAGCCCGCCACGGGCCGGGUGCGGCUCGAGGCCCUCAACCCGAGCUGGAUCUCUCUGCUCGACGAGUUCCGCCCGCUCCCGCCGCGGCGCGAGCCGCUCUUGUCUCUCGGCCCGUUGGCGUCGAGUAAGCUGUGCAGUGCCGACCUCGACAUAGUGUGGCCCAGCGGCGGAGUCGGCGCGAGGCCGGCGUAUUUGGAGUUCUCCGAGGUUGCAGCAGUCACGAUCCCGCGCGCGAGCCGGGCAGCGAACCAGAUUCCGGAGGAGGCAACGCAUUUUGCGUACGUAUCGAUCACAUCUGCAAUGCUUGCGGCGGGCGAGGAGGCGAGACAGCCGCGGCUGAUCCUCCCUCACGGCGGCUUUGCGUAUUGGAGCCAGCAGCCUUACGAGCAGGGUGAGGCCGAGGACUCUCAGCGCAAGAUCUGCCGGCCGGCUCUGGUCACGCGGAUCACAGAGGGGCCGGGCAUGUCCUUCCACCGCAGGGUGCUGACCAAAGAGGAGCACGGCGCGCUCAAGGACUACCAGCUCCUGCCGGUCACGCUGCCCUCCCUCCGCCAGAUCAAGGUGCGUCGCUUCUGCUGGAUACCGCCCACAUGCCCGCGGGCCGGCAAGACGGACUGCCACUGCGUGCGGCAGCUCGAGUUGGGCUCGGCCCUCAUCUGCCCGCACGGCGGUUUUGCAUACACCUACUCAGAUGACGAUAACAAGCACACGAGAAAGUUCGACUGCGUGAUGAGGCUGAAGCUGCCGUCGCAGGACUUGCCCCCAGCCCGUUCCGAGUGUAUUUCCCGGCCGCAUCAGAUUGAUGCGGCACUGAGCCGUGUCAGUGUUAGAGCGGACUGA